GACGGCAACGCGCCGACGGUACACCGACUAAAACGUAAACAAACAAUCAAAUGCGAAUAAAAAACACGCGACAAACCUACACCAAAUACAAGAAACGGCGCGAAAACCGCUAGUUGGAACUCUAUAAAAAAACACGAUCGCCAUUUAAAUUGGUCUAAAACGAACGUUCUAAAUUUAAGUUUGGCGCGAACAAUAACAUUUGGACUUGCCCCCAAAAUUGUUUUGACGUUCAGUGACAAAACCAGUGCGUUGUGUCAAUUUUCGCGGUAAAAGUGACAAGUUGAAACGAUGAGCCCGCGAAAAGAGGACCUAGUGUUGCCAACAUGAAAGAGCUGCGUGUUUUAAUUGGAAAUAACAGAAUGCAAAGGACAGUUCAUGCGGCAAUACUUUUCUCAUUAAUAUUUUUGUUGAAUAUUGCGAGUUCUCGAGACAACAUGCUGCCAAACCACGUGAAACUCAGUUCAUCCCUCACCUGUCGCCUCGUGGGAGGUCUCACCAGGGAACAGAGGACCGUCUGCCACGAGUCACCAGAUACCGUGGCCAUAGCCUUCGAAGGUCUACAGCUGGCCGUCAAGGAAUGCCAGCAUCAGUUCCGCUGGCAUAGAUGGAACUGUUCCAGUCUACUUGUGAAGAGUAGCAACCCUCAUGCCAGUUCUAUUAUGAAAAGAGGUUUCCGCGAAUCAUCAUUCCUGUACGCCCUCACGGCAGCAGGGGUUGCGCACUCCGUGGCCCGCGCAUGCGCCCAAGGCCGCCUCCUCUCCUGUGGCUGCGACCCCCUGGGCUACAGGGCCUCGCACGACCCCCGAGGAAGGGCGAAGGUCAACAAGUGGGAGUGGAGCGGCUGUUCACAUAACCUGGCCUACGGGAUCGAGUUCUCGAAGAAGUUUCUGGAUGUAAGGGAACAGGUGGAUGACUUGCAGUCGAAGAUUAAUGUGCAUAAUAAUAAUGCUGGGAGAUCGAUCCUGUCGUCCCACAUGGAGGUGCGGUGUAAAUGCCAUGGAUUGUCAGGCAGCUGCCAACUGAGGACUUGCUGGAGGGCCACGCCGGACUUCAGAGCCGUGGCAUCUACCAUCAAACGACAGUAUAGAAAGGCUCUAUUGGUUGCUCAAGAGGAGCUGAAUAACAAUCCUUCUAUUCUGAGAGGCCGACCCAGAGGCAGGAGGCGAGGGAAAGCACGACCAGCUCCGAGGAGCAGCUUACUAUUCUUUGAGAGAUCCCCAAGCUUCUGCGAGAUAGACCCUCGAACAGACUCCGCCGGCACAUCAGGCCGUGUCUGUCGCAUCGGUCGGACGACCAGGACAGGUUCAUGCGAUCUCCUCUGCUGUGGUCGAGGCCACGCCCUCAUCAGAAAGUCUAGCAUCAAGCCUUGCAACUGCACCUUUCAUUGGUGCUGUCGGGUCGACUGCGAGAGAUGUCGGGAUGAUAAGUGGGUCGCCAUUUGUAAGUAAUUUUGGUAGCUUCAGUUGUUCUGCGGUAGUGAAAUUUAGUUUCAGCGGCGACAGUCUUUGUACAAUUAUAAACUAUAGUAGAAGCAUGUAGAGGAGCCUACUCAGUUGGUAUUUUAGGUUUUGUGCUGCAGAUACCAUCGUUACAGAAAUAUAUAGCUAUCAAAUCCAUGACACCAUAAUAUGAUCUAUAACUAACAUGGUCUAUAAAAAAAUACAAAAAUCUUAUAAGGAGUUGACAAGAUUUCAUCAUUUUUUUCUGUUGCAUGGCCCGCAGGACACAGCUAAUAACUUGUAAAAAGGCAUGUUUGCAAAUAGGUAGAACAUUUUACUAACGACUCUAAUGAAUUUAACAUUCCCGUGUACAUUCCAUUAUUUUAUUAGUUAAUAAAUAGGUUUAUUUUAUAAGUAUCUCUGCAAAUAAGAAUAACCAAAUAAUGUGUUUUAUUUUGUUAGUUAAGCUUUUACUGUUUAUUGGAGGGCCAACAAUUGCCUUCGUUACAUAAAUUGAACGAAUACUUCAACUUUAGCAAAGACAGUUGAAUUUCAUAAAAUACGUUUUUUUUAAAUAACUUUGUAUAAUUAUCCCGUCUCAUGUUCAUAAUGUAUAUUUGUAAUCACUAUACCUAGUUUAAUUACUAUUUCUUGAAAAUUAAAUCUUAGAAUAUAAAUUGUUAAUAAAAUCAGUAUUAACCUUAAUGACUAAUGUAAUUCUGUACUUAUGUAUUUACUUGAGAAGUAGUAAAUGCCAAUUAAUUCCUGUAAAUAUCUACUUACAUACUUAAAUAAUGUACUUAAACAUUCCUGUUCAGUGAUAUUUAUUGAAUUAACUAUUUAUUGUAGAUCUAAGACUUUGUACCGACAGUUUUUAUUUCAUUAAAUAAAACUUCUGGAGGAA